CAGCUUUUAUCUGUAUAUUUCUUUAUCUGACCCAUCUCUGUUCCGACCUCCUUUCAUAGUCAUGUUAUCGUAACUCUGAAAUCUCUCUCUGCAAUAAUAUUUUACAGAAACAAGAAAAAAGAAGACAAAUUUUUAAAACCCCUCUCUCUCUCCCUCUCUCUUUCUAUUUCUCUCUUGUGCACGUUUCAGCAAGUGUUGCAGAAAGUUUUGUGUCUCAGAUCCCGAUAUACUGCUGCCAAUCUGCUAUGCUGCACCAUUAACGAGAAUACACUGUUCCUUUUUCUUUCUAGUAAACCAUCAGUAUUCAUUUCUCUGUGGUUGUGGUUGUGGUCCUCUUCUAUUUGUUUCCUUUUCUUGAAUUGUGCAAACUACAUACAUAUAUACUCUCUUCUAGGUUUUAUUUUGUGAACAAAUGCAAGAACCGGGUUUGGGUAUAAUGGGCGGUGGCGUUGGUGGUGGUGGGGGUGAAGUUUCCGGUGACCAAAGUCAGCGGCAACUGAAGGCUGAGAUAGCCACUCACCCACUUUAUGAACAGCUAUUAGCAGCUCAUGUUUCGUGUCUGCGUGUGGCAACACCCAUUGAUCAAUUGCCUCUAAUUGAUGCGCAGUUGUCUCAGUCUCACCAGCUUCAAAGGUCUUAUGCUUCUCACCAUCAUCAACACUCACUUUCUCCCCAUGAAAGACAGGACCUCGAUAACUUCUUGGCACAAUAUUUGAUAGUUUUAUGUACUUUCAAAGAUCAGCUUCAGCAGCACGUCAGAGUCCAUGCCGUUGAAGCUGUCAUGGCCUGCCGUGAAAUCGAAAAUACCUUACAAGCUUUCACCGGAGUAACAUUGGGUGAAGGAACAGGUGCAACGAUGUCGGAUGAUGAGGAUGAACUACAGAUGGAUUUCUCUCUUGAUCAAUCUGCUUCUGAAGGCCAUGACUUGAUGGGUUUUGGACCAUUGCUUCCAACUGAAUCAGAAAGAUCUCUAAUGGAGAGGGUUCGUCAGGAGUUGAAGAUUGAACUGAAGCAGGGUUUUAAAUCAAGAAUUGAAGAUGUGAGAGAGGAAAUACUAAGAAAAAGAAGGGCUGGGAAAUUACCAGGUGACACAACUACUGUGCUAAAAAAUUGGUGGCAACAACACUCAAAGUGGCCAUAUCCAACUGAAGAUGACAAGGCAAAACUGGUGGAGGAGACAGGUUUGCAGCUAAAGCAAAUCAACAACUGGUUCAUCAACCAGAGGAAACGCAACUGGCAUAGCAACUCUCAGUCUGUCACCUCCUUAAAAUCAAAGCGCAAAAGGUAGUAAGAAAGACCAUGUGAUUUUAUUGGAAGUACUAUUGAAGAAGGAAGAUUAUAUGAUGGUGUCAAUAUAAGAUGUUUUGUGACCCUGGGGGUACAUAUAUAGUUUAACUUUUGUGGAGGCAUUGAAGAAUUAAACCUGGAAGUUGGAUAAUGACCAGGUAAAAACACAGAAUGUAAUAGCUUGUUGCUUAUUAUAAGUUUGUAGAUUUAUGUCAUGUUUCUGUCUAACAGACUCUGUCAGACUUGUUUAACUUUUGAAAUUGCUUCUAAUCCAAUGCUUUAAAUUGUAUAUUAA